AUGGCCAAAGCCGAAAGUCAACGCGACGACCUUGUUUCUUCCAACGAAAAGCAAUUUAUCAUCAAUGCUAUUAACGAGGAGAGACGUAUAGACGGUCGUGGAAUUUUCGAUUACCGCGCUCUAAAAAUAUCCUUUGGAUCAAAAUGGGGAUCCGUUCAAGUCCAACUUGGACAAACUCGCGUUUUGUUUGUUGUGAGUUGCGAGGUGGUUCCGCCGCAUCCAGAUCGGCCCACCGAAGGCUUUUUCAAAUUCAAUAUUCAUUUUUCGCCCAUGGCUUCUCCGGCUUAUAGCGGCCGUCUGUCUGCUCAGGGAGUCGAGACUACCCGCCUCGUGGAACGCGGCCUGAGGGAGGGCGGUGCUAUAGAUACCGAAGCCUUGUGCAUCACUGCGGGAGAAAAAGUUUGGGUUGUAAGACUAGAUAUGCACGUACUUGACGACCAAGGCAAUAUCACUGACUGCUGCAGCAUUGGCGCCAUAACUGCACUGCAUCAUUUCCGUCGACCAGAUAUCACCAUCGCUGGGGGUACAGUGAUCGUACAUUCAACCAAAGAAAAGGAACCUGUAUCUCUGAGUAUCCAUCACAUGCCAAUCUGUGUCUCAUUUGGCAUUUUCGAUGCCGACCACUUGGUCGUCGAUCCAAGCUGGAAGGAAGAGAGGGUCAUGUCCGGUAAGCUUUCUGUCACCCUAAACACCCAGAACGAGCUCUGUGCCAUUCAGAAAGUAGGCGGAUUGGCUCUGUCAAAAAGCAGCAUUCUUCAAGCGACUAAAAUCGCUCAGGUCAAAGUCUUCGAGAUUUCCCAAACUAUCAUUCAAGCCCUAAACCAAUCUAAAGAAGAGAAGCUCCCGAGCGCUAGUUCGAUUCACGCGUUCGACACAGGAAUAGGACUAGAAAUGAUGUCUGCGAAACAUUCGGAAACCGAAGGACCAAUCAAUUCACAUUUGUCAAACUGGACCAAAAUUGACUGCGCAUUUCGAUUUCAUCACGACACUGAGUCCAUCGAAAUCAACAGUGAAUCCGUCGGGAGCGGAAUGCAUAAACUGCAGAAGGAACUUCAAACAGGUGACAUAGCCACUGAAUGGCGCCUGAACGAUGUAGACAGCCACGAAGAGUCUAUGGCAGACACAACAAACGUUCAUACACAAAAAAAGGCAGUGUACUUUGAACAUCUUGUGGCGGAAUUGAAUUCAGAUGAAGGCCAGCCCCGAAAUGCUGAUGACAGUAGCGAAGAAGAAGACGUUCGAAUAUUGUACUCUGAACAUAAAAAUUUAUAA